AUGUCGUCGUUCCGUUUCCUUCAACUCGUUAAACCGUUCCAGCAGAUUCUCCCUGAAGUUUCUGCCCCAGAGCGCAAAGUCCCUUUCAACCAGAAAGUAGCCUGGACAGCAGUCACGCUUCUUAUUUUCUUGGUUUGCUCACAGGUUCCGCUUUAUGGUAUCGUGUCCAGUGAUAGCUCUGAUCCUUUAUAUUGGAUGAGAGUUAUCCUGGCCUCAAAUCGUGGUACUCUUAUGGAACUCGGUAUCUCUCCAAUCGUUACCUCUGGAAUGAUUAUGCAGUUAUUGGCAGGCGCUAACUUGAUUGAUGUUGAUUUCUCUCUUAAGGAAGACAGAGCCUUGUUUGGCGCCGCUCAAAAAUUAUUCGCGUUGAUCAUAUCUCUCGGUCAAGCAACCGUAUACGUCUUGACUGGCUUGUACGGCCAGCCAUCUGACCUCGGUGCCGGUGUCUGCUUGCUUUUGGUCGUACAACUUGUUGCUGCUGCUCUGAUUGUCAUUCUUCUCGAUGAGUUGCUUCAAAAGGGUUACGGUCUUGGCUCUGGUAUUUCUCUCUUUAUUGCCACCAACAUAUGUGAAUCUAUCGUCUGGAAAGCUUUCUCACCAACGACAAUCAACACGGGCCGUGGUCCAGAGUUUGAGGGUGCUUUGCUUGCUCUCGUCCACCUCCUCUUUACCUGGAAUGACAAGACUAGAGCACUCAAAGAAGCCUUCUACAGAGACAGACUUCCAAAUGUCUCAAACUUGUUGGCUACUCUCGCAAUAUUUGCUGCCGUCAUCUACUUGCAAGGAUUCAGAAUUGAGAUUCCGGUAAAAUCCAACAGAUUUAGAGGCCAACGUGGAACAUACCCAGUCAAGUUAUUCUACACAUCUAACAUGCCAAUCAUGUUAGAAUCUGCACUUAGCUCAAACGUUUUUAUCAUUUCUCAAAUGCUCUACAGCAGAUUCCCUGAUAACCUCCUUGUGAAGCUUAUCGGUAUUUGGGAACCAUUGGAGGAGUCACCACAACUAUUCGCUACUUCUGGUAUCGCUUACUAUAUGUCACCACCACACACACUGCAUGCGGCGUUAGUUGACCCAUUCCACACAGCCAUUUACGUUGCGUUCAUGCUCUCUGUUUGUGCCAUCUUCUCCAAGACAUGGAUCGAAGUUUCAGGUUCAGGUCCAAGAGAAGUUGCUAAGCAGUUGAAGGACCAACAAAUGGUUAUGGCUGGUCACAGAGAAGGAUCGAUGUACAAGGAGCUUAAGAGAGUUAUUCCAACGGCUGCUGCUUUCGGUGGUGCUACUAUCGGUGCUCUUUCCGUCGUUGCCGACUUGAUCGGUGCUUUUGGUUCAGGCACUGGUAUUCUUCUCGCCACUACCAUCAUCUACUCAUACUUUGAAAUCUCUUCGAGGGAGAAUCUUAGUCCGGAGAUGGCUUCGAUGGGUGAUAUGAUUGGGUAA